AAAUUUUCUUUAUAUUUUAAUAAAAGUCUAUAGUUUUUCAUAUUUCUAUGUAAAAAAUUCAAAUAUUAUAGCAAUAAAAUUAAAGUAAUAUAAAAUAAGACACAAAUUAAAUGUUGAAAAAUGUUACAAACCGAAUUUAAUACAAAUUCCCCAAAUAAUCCUUCGACUAAACAGGCCGACAUAGUAAAAAGGCUGGAAGAGCUGAAUAAAUGGCAAGAGGAGCAGAAAAAGUUGCUGGAGGCCAGACAAACUAUGCAAAGACAAAUGUUGGGCCUGGAGCAACAGAAUAUGUAUCAAAUGUUGGGUUUGCAAAGUGAUCAAGAAAUAAGUGUAGUGCAGGAUGUUCAAAGAAGUACAAGGGAAGAAGAUUUGGCUGCAAACGAGCAAGAACCUUUGGAAGAUUAUGAGGAUCAAAGUACUGAAGAAAGUUUGCAAAAUUCUCAACAGGAGGGUGAAGAAGAAACCGAUAAUGAUUAUCAUGAAAAGGAUUUUGAACCACAUUCUUAUAAAACCUUAACUUCUGGCUAUGAAACGGAACAGGGUUUAGAAUUGCAUCCAAGUAAACCAAAGAAACCCUUCUUGAAGAGAGGUGAGGGUCUUAAGCAGCGCUUUAAAAUUGAUCCCAAUGAAUUCAGGCUAAAUAAUUUGCCUAAAUAUAAAUACGCCAAUGCCCAUCCCAGUUUAAGAUUAAAACCCUCUAAUAGUUUUAAAAGACCUAAAGUUAUUAAUACAAAAUCUACUAAAGCCAAUGAACUGACGAAAACAAAUUCACCCUUAACUUUAGAUGUCCAGGAGCAGCGUUUCCAAAAUUUGUUAAUUUCAUCCAAAAAUACUUGCAGUUCUACUCCAGAUAAUAAGUCUUUAUAUGCAGCAAAUAAAAAAAUACCAGUUUCUAAGACAAAUUCUUUAGCCUCUACCGCAAAGGUACAAUUCACAGAAGAAAAAACAAAAAUUCCCGAAAAAAUCAAUCCACAAAUUGCUCCUGUAGUGGCUUGGUCGAAAAUUUUAGAUCCUUUAGAAAUAGAACCUUUACAAGUGCCUAGAAAUCACAAAGAUGUGUUACCUCAAACUGAGGAAAGUAUAUUUGAACUUUUGGAACAAAAAGCUAAAAAUGGUAGUUUUGAUAUGGACAGCACGUGUCUUAAACAGUUUAUGCAAAGAAGGAUUACAGAAAAACUCAAUGAAUCUGAAGAUAAUAUACCAGUCCAAGAAGAUUUGAGAAAUAAACGUUUGCAACCAGUAAUUUUGGUACAAAAAACUGAAGCAGAGCAGUCAGCUGAGGAGGACGAGGAGGAAUCAGAAUUAACAGAAGAUUUAGAAAGUACUGAAUCAGAUGACACUACUCAUAAAACUAUAGAAACCAACGAAUCAUCAUAUCCCCAGCAAACUACUCCGCAGGUUAGAGUAAGAUUUUCCGAUUCGAAUGAAACCCAUGAAUAUGAAGAAGAAACCGAAAGUACAUUAAAUGAUAGCACACGUCUAACGGCCGGAGGUUUAGAACAAGAAGGUCAGGGAGAUGCUAGCAAUAAUGAACUAUUCGAACAAUUCAAACUGGCUUUAUUUGCUGCUUUACAAACUAAAGCCGAUCAACAUUUAGCUAACGACUCGACGACUCUGCUCAACUCCAGCGACACUACCUUAGUAGGCAAAGAUUCGAUUUCCUUAGCAAACAACAACAACUCCAUUUACACACCCGCCUGUCAGGACUUGCAACAAAAAACCGAUAUGAUUAAGUUAAGACUGAUUGAACUGGAAAAAGAAAUACAAAAUUUCAAAGAUAACAAUGUUUUGCUAAUGAAAGCCAAACAAGAUCAUGAAUUGGAAAAAUCCCUUCACGCCCAAGAACAUCUUGAGGCUAUGGAACGUAUAAAAGAUGAAAAAAUUCAAAUGGAAAUCUAUCUACACGAUGAAAGGGUCAAAUUGGAAGAGGAAAAGCGUCAGUUUGAACAAAAUAUGAAAAUGAAAACACAAGGUUUAAUAGCCAAGGAACGCAAGGAGUGUGAACGUCUAAGAGAACAAGUAUCGCAAUUGGAAACUCAAUUAAAAACUAAAGAAUCGAAUCACACAGCGGCUCAGGCUAGACUAAGGACACAGAUACGUAACUUGGAAAGAGAUCAGAGUAAACUGCAUGAGCAGAUUGAACAAUUGAUGAGAGAGAAUAAGCGGCUGGAAAAUGAAAACUUGAAGAUAAGCCGAGAGCAGAAUAAUAAAAUUUUACUGGAGAUUAAUAGGAAUAUUGCGAAAUUGGCACCCAAACAGAUUCAAAAUUCCUCAACAUCCAUGCCGGAAGAGGGUCCCCCUACAUUAUCAGCAUCCAGGACGGUUUCCAAAUGUAUAGUGGCGGCUGCAACAGCUAAUAAAAACUCUGGAAAAGCUCAUAAAACUACCAGUACCAGAUUCCCAAAUGCACAAACCAUAACAAAUAAAAAAUCAACAACAACACCAUCACCACCAAAACAACAGCAAACAAACUACAUGAUGCCCUCCGAUGAAUAUGAUGAAGACGAAGAGGAUAUAUUACAAGAAUUUGAAAUAACACCAGGCAAUAGGAAUAACAAAUCACCUUCAUCGCCUAAAUCUCCUAACAAAUGUCACACACAUCAAUCGGAGCCACCACAACCGCCACCAUCUUCACCACGUAGCACCAAUACAGGUGCGGGUCAUAACAUCACCAGUAACAACCUAAAACGUGAAAUUGUUAAUGCGGAUGGUAGCAAAGAUAUCUGGUAUCCAAAUGGUAAUUUAAAGAAAAUAUCAGCCGAUGGUAUGAUUAUACGUAUGCUCUACUAUAACAAAGACAUUAAAGAGACUAACAUCAAUGAGGGCACUGUCAAAUACUAUUAUGCUGAAACUAACACUUGGCACACUACGUACUUAGAUGGUUUGGAAAUCUUAGAAUUCCCCAAUGGCCAAGUAGAACAUCGUCAUAAAUCGGGUGUGAUAGAGGUACAUUAUCCCAAUAAUUCUGUUAAAAUAAUGAAUCCUAAAGAUGAGCACAAACAAGAGGAAUGGCGUUUUGCCGACGGUACACAUUUGAUACAAAUGCGUAAUGGUGAUAAAAUACUAUCGCUGCCCAAUGGCCAAAAGGAAAUACACAAUAAAUUGCAUAAACGCAGAGAAUAUCCAGAUGGUACGGUAAAGAUUGUCUAUCCGGAUGGUAGUACCGAAACACGUUAUUCCAAUGGUCGUGUUAGACUUAAAGAUAAAGAAGGUAAACUGGUUAUGGAUACAGAUAUGGCUAAGUGAUUGUAAAAGAGUGUAAUUGUUAAUUCUAUUUUUUUUUUUUUUUUUUUUUUUGUAAAUUUAUUUGUCCUUUUAUAAAAAAUAU